CCGCGCCAGCGAAUACGAAAGUAAAGGAGGUGGUGUUGUGGAGUGGUGGCUUUAUGUUGAUUUAUUUUAAGGCCUUUUUGUUUGUAAAUCACUGACAGGAGGGAAGAUUUGACUUUGUGCUGAAGAUUUUCCAUUGUUUGCAGAGCAUGUUGUUCUGGCGGAAUUGGUACAGUUCCCAGUAUCUGGGGGGAAGACCUGCAUCCCAGUUUUCUGAUGGCAGUUUCCUUUUUGCUCCGGAUCCGGAAGAGUCGCUAUCCCAAAUGAUAAAUCGUACAUUAACAGAUGAUGCUGCAGCACCAGAUGAGGAUCUGGAUUCUGUUUUAUUUGGAAACCUACGUGGGAAUGUGGUUGGGAUGCGUUAUUACACUGGAGUGGUGAGCAAUAAUGAAAUGGUUGCACUUCAACGAGAUCCAAACAACCCCUACGACAGAAAUGCAGUCCAAGUAAAUAAUGUGAAUGGUAUUCAGGUGGGACAUAUCAAACGGGAGCUGGCUGCACCCCUGGCCUUCAUCUUGGAUAAUAGACUCGCCAGAGUUGAAGGGGUCGUUCCUUAUGGUGCUAACAACGUGUUCACCAUGCCUGUGCAGCUUUCAUUUUGGGGAAAAGAGGAAAACCGUGACACUGUUCUGGAAAGGUUGAGGAGACAUGGGUUUAAGCUGGCACCUCCCACAAAAGGUGGUGAGAUUGGUGAGUUAUGGUCUGGAAUGGGAUCUGCAAGACCUGGUCCAAGUUACAAAGCUCCUGUGCACACUGCUGUGCAGAUGACAGUUGAACAGCUCAAGAAUGAAUUUGACAAGAUAUUCGAAGAUCUGAAAGAACAUGACAAGACUCGGGAAAUGGAGCCAGCUAAGGCUGUCCGUACACCCUUGCUGCCUCAUCAGAAACAGGCAUUGGCCUGGAUGGUUUUGAGGGAGAACAAUGCAGAUCUGCCUCCAUUCUGGGAGCAGAGGAACAACAUGUACUAUAACUUGCUGACAAACUUUGCAGAGAAGGAGAGACCCGAAAAUGUCCAUGGAGGGAUCUUGGCUGAUGACAUGGGCUUGGGAAAAACACUGUCGACUAUUGCUGUCAUCCUUACGAAUUUUCACCAGGGGAAGCCACUUCCCACUGAAAAAUAUGCAGAAGUGGUGCUGGAGGAGGAAUCAUCUGACUUUAUCGAUGCAAUGGGGAAAGCUUCUGCACAAAGAGCUAGCAAGGAACUGUCCAACAGUUUCAAAAUACAAACGGGUGCUGACAACAGGCAAAAGGCCACUGUGAUCGAUACCACAGGAAGCAUUACUUCUUCAGGAUCUAAUCCACUUGCUUCAUCAUAUCCCAAAAGGAAAAAAACAGAGGGAGUUAAAUACACCUACAGCAGCGACUCUGAAAAGGAUGAAGAAUGGGCUUCCACAAAAAAGAAAGUGAAAACACAAGUGAAAAGUGCGAUGGGUAAAAGAACUGAAUGGAAACCUACAAACAGUGGGAGAAAAGGCAUCACUGAUAAGCCUAGAUGUGGUCUAAUGGAGGAUAUUGAUUUCGCAUCUGCACUUGGCGGCUCAAGUUCCACGUUAAAAAAGAUGAAAGGUUGUACGAGCGCACAGACCAGCACUCAUACAGCAUCGAAUACAAAGGCAAGAUCGACCCUGAUUGUUUGUCCACUGUCUGUGCUCAGUAACUGGAUUGAUCAGUUUGAGCGACAUUUAUGCCCUGACGUGAAAUUGAAUAUGUAUCUUUAUUAUGGCUCGGAGAGAAAUAAGGGUGCAGCAUUCCUGGCUGAACAAGAUGUAGUGUUGACCACCUACAAUACCUUAACAGUUGAUUAUGGGAGUGGAAGCGCCAGCCCAUUGCAUAAAGUGAACUGGCUCCGUGUGGUAUUGGAUGAGGGACACACCAUCCGAAACCCAAAUGCCCAGCAGACUAAAGCAGCGCUCUCACUAAUUGCUGAAAGAAGAUGGGUGUUAACAGGCACCCCAAUUCAAAAUUCGUUGAAGGAUCUUUGGUCCAUUCUUUCAUUCCUGAAGUUGAAACCAUUCACAGACAGACAGUGGUGGCACCGGACUAUCCAACGCCCCGUAACCAUGGGGGAUCAGCAUGGCCUCAAGCGGCUACAAGCAUUAAUAAACAACAUUACCUUGCGAAGAACCAAAACCAGCAAGGUAAAGGGCAAGCCUGUAAUCGAGCUCCCUGAACGCACUGUCUUCGUUCAACAUAUAACACUCUCUGAUGAAGAGAAGCAAAUCUACGAAUCUGUGAAGAAUGAAGGGCGGGCCAUUAUUGGCAGAUAUUUCAGCGAAGGAUCCAUUUUCACACAUUAUGCGGACGUCCUUGCUAUCCUGGUCUGGCUGAGGCAGCUGUGUUGCCAUCCUCGUCUGUUUGCAAAUUCUUCAGCUGUAAUGGGUUCCUCAGUGGAUAAUGCCACUCCUGAUGAGCUGCGGGAGAAAUUGGUGAAGAAGAUUAAACUAGUUUUGAGUUGUGGCUCUGAUGAAGAGUGCGCCAUCUGCCUGGAGUCGCUAACCUUUCCUGUGAUUACACACUGUGCCCACGUUUACUGCAGACCGUGUAUCUGCCAGGUUAUUCAGAGUGAGCAGCCCACCGCCAGGUGCCCCUUGUGCAGGGCCGAGAUCCGAGUAGAACAGCUGGUGGAGUGCCCCCCCGAAGAGACAGACACCAUGGCACCUGACAAAUCUCAGCAGGCCUGGGUCUCCAGCUCAAAGGUAGAUGCCUUGAUGCAUUCCUUGAUUGAACUUCGAAAGCAAGACCCCACCGUCAAGAGUUUAGUGGUCUCUCAGUUCACAGCCUUUCUUACUCUUAUAGAAACUCCUCUCAGACAAGAAGGCUUUGCGUUUACCCGCCUGGAUGGCUCGAUGCCACAGAAGCGGCGGAUAAAUGCCAUUGAGUCCUUCCAGAGCAGCGAGCCAGGCUCCCCAACCAUCAUGCUGCUGUCGCUGAAAGCUGGUGGAGUUGGUUUGAACCUGACUGCGGCUUCUCGUGUGUUCCUCAUGGACCCUGCCUGGAAUCCUGCUGCUGAGGACCAGUGUUUUGACAGAUGCCACAGGCUGGGUCAGACCAGGGAUGUUGUUAUUACCAAGUUCAUUGUGAAGAACUCGGUGGAGGAAAACAUGAUCAAGAUUCAGAACAAGAAACGAGAACUUGCAGCAGGGGCCUUCGGAACCAAAAGACAGCGAGAGAUAAAGCAAAGCCGGAUUGAGGAAAUCAAGAUUCUGAUCGACGUGUAACGCUGAUUUUUUUGCUGUUAAAUCAAUUGGUUUUGCUUUUUUUUUUCCUUUUUUACCCCUCGCAGAAAUUUGAGCUUUUGAAAUUUAAAACUUCUUGGUUGUGUAAGUUCUGUAAUGGGGCUGCAAAAAGAAAUGCAAUUUGUAAAUGGAACACAGAUUUGUAUGAGAUGGCAACUUUAUUGCAAAAUGUUGAAUUCCGUGAAUCAGAAAUCGUCAGUGUAAUAUAGUGUAGGGAAUGCUGCAGUCAGAAGUGCCGUCCCUCAGAUGAGAUGUUAAAACACAGCUCAAUUUACCUGUUUCCAGCGGUCAGGUAGACAUUAAAGAUCCCAUGGUAAUACUCAAGAGAAUUGGAGCAUUCUGCUAGUAUUCUGACUAAUGUUUUUCCCUCAACCAACACCAACAAAAUCAGAUUAGCUGGUUUUUCAUCUCAUUGUUACUUGUGGGGUGUUUCUGUGUGACUGCUGUGUUUGCCUGAAUAACCAUUAUUGUAUUCCAGAAUUCACUAUGUGAAGGGGAUUGAGAUAUUUUUCAGAUGUGAUGAGAUCCUUUGUAAAGGCAAGUUUUUUUUUAAAUCACCCCUGUUCUGUUAUAUAACGUGAUUCAGCUAAGGACUUUUUAAAUCUUAAACUUGAUUACUCUCA